UUUCAUGUUUUAAUCUUUCAUGUUUCAUGUUUCUACCUGCGUCACAUCUGCUUCGCGGCGCGGCGGCUCCUACGUCACCAGCUGUGAUGAGUCGGUUCCGUUCAUCGUUAGAAAAACGUUUCCUUCUGAAUCCUCAUUCUAAUCAAACGUUGUGGUGAUGAAGAGGAAGUGAUGAAGAGGAGCAGAGCAGAUCACAAUAUGAUGAAAUGAGAAUAACAGAAAGAAAUCAUUCACGUGUGGAUUCAUAGAAUUUAAGUUUUUUUACCUUUGACCUUUCUGGAGUUUUAUCUGAAGUGUUGAUCCUGAUUGGCCGACUGUUUCCUGAGUGACCCACGGCCAGGCCAAUCACCUCCUCCGAUCACCAUGUGUCUGUUCACCGCUCAGGGGACGAACUUUCUCCUGCUCCCGACGACCAACAAGUCAUCGGUACCCGGCGUCCGCCCGCGAGGCGCAAGACGCCAGAGAGAUCUGAUGAGCUGCUGCUGUGACAGCGGCCGGUCCACCGAUGUGACUGUGUGACUAAUGACAUCAUGACAUCACAGAGGACCGGACCUGGACACCGGCGUCUCUGCCCCAGCAGCAGCUCCAGGUCGCGGGCCGCGGCCGACACCGGUUACCAAUGAAUUUGCAUAGUGAAUUUUCAGAGUCAGUACUGGUCUCUUGUAUUAAUCUCCUCAUGAAUCCUGGUCAAUGAUGUCGCUUCCUGAUUGUUCUCGUGUUGUUGGUCGCUCAGCAACAGAAUGACGGUCGUCACCAUCACGUCUUGUGUCUGAUUGACAAGUCGUCACCAUCAUGUCGUCCCGGGGGAAGCAGCAGGGCGGCGCUGACGAACGUUUCCAGCGCGUGAGCAGAGACCCUCGCUUCUGGGAAAUGCCAGAGCGAGAGCGAAAGAUCAAGAUCGACAAGAGAUUCCAGUCGAUGUUCCACGACGAGCGCUUCAAGGUGAAGUACACGGUGGACAAACGAGGACGUCCCGUCAGCCACACCACCACCGACGACCUGAAGAGGUUCUACAACGUCGAAGACGAGGAGGAGGAGGAGGAGGAGGGGGGGGGGGAGGAGGAGGAGAAGAAGAAGAAUGUGAUGGAGGAAGAGAUAGAAGAGAAGAAAAGACAAACGCUGCAGAGCAGAGACGCUGACGAAGACGACAAUGAUGGCGAAACCGAGGAGGAAGACAGCGUCGCCCCGGGAGACGGCGAGGAGGAUGUUGAUGAUGAUGAUGAGGAGGAGGAGUCUGGUGUGGAGUCGGAGGAGGACAGCGACAGCGGUCCAGAUCUGGCCAGAGGGAAGGGAAAUGUCGAGACGAGCUCGGAUGAAGACGAGGGUGACGAGGUGGACGCCAUCCUGAGGAGAGAGGAAGAGGAGCUGGAGCACGACUGGGGCGAGCUGAGUAAAGACGCCCAGCGCAGCGACGAGGUUUCCUGUCGUCUCGCCGUCUGCAACAUGGACUGGGACCGGAUGAAGGCCCGAGACCUGUUCGCCCUGCUCGGCUCCUUCACGCCACAGGGGGGCGCUGUGCUCUCGGUCAAGAUUUACCCGUCGGAGUUCGGGAAGGAGAGACUGAAGCUGGAGGAGACCCAGGGACCGCCGGAGCUGAAGGCACUGCCCGACGACUCGGAGGACGACACCGAGGAGGAGAGGGUUCACAGGGAGAAGAUGCGUGACUAUCAGUUCAAGCGCCUCAGGUAUUUCUACGCCGUGGUGGAGUGUGACUCGGACGCCACCGCCGCCAAGAUCUACGAGGAGUGUGAUGGCUUUGAGUACGAGAGCAGCUGCUCGGUGCUCGACCUCCGGUUUGUUCCUGACGACGUCUCGUUCAACGAGGAGCCAAAAGACAUGGCGACGGAUGUGAACCUGUCGGCGUACACGCCCAAACUGUUCACCUCCGCCGCCAACGCCACCGCCAAGGUGCAGCUGACGUGGGACGAGACGGACCACGAGCGGGUGACCGCCCUCAAUAGGAAGUUCAACAAGGAUGAGCUGCUGCAGAUGGACUUCAACGCCUACCUGGCCUCCUCCAGCGAGGAAGAGGAGGACGAAGAGCGGUUGCCUGGCGGCUCGGCAGAGGCCGAACAGGGGGAGGAGGAGGAGGAGGAGGUAGAGGAGGAAAUAGAGGAAGAGGAGGUGAAGAAGAAGAAGAUGAAGAUCAAGAGCGAGGAGCAGAUCUGUAAGUACAGAGAUCUGCUGAGAGGAAUCAACGAGCAGGAGAAGAGGCUGCAGACGGACCGAGACAUGGAGAUGGAGAUCACAUGGGUCCCAGGCCUGAAGGAGGUGACGCAGCAGCUGGUGAAGAAGAAGUUGGAGGCGACGGAGUCGUCAACGCCGUGGGAGGAGUUUCUGCAGAAGAAGAAACAGCAGAGGAAGAAGAAGAAGAAACAGGACUCUGUCGAGGACGAACUCAGCGACGACCAACUUCCUCCAGACGUCGACCUUAGUGACCCCUUUUUCACCGAGGAGCUCGCUGCGACAGAUCUGAAGAAGAAGAAGAAGAAGAAGCAGCAGCUGGAGGAAGAGGAGCAAACAGCUGAAGAGGAAGAGCAGCUGGAGAAACAAAAGGCGGAGAUGUCUCUGCUGAUGGAGGAUGACGAUGUUUCCGACUCCAAACACAAACACUUUAACUACGACAAGAUCGUGGAGCAACAGAACCUGAGCAAGAGGAAGAGGAAGAGGCUGAUGAAGAGCGAGGAACCGCUGGACGACCACUUCCAGGUGGACGUCACGGACCCGCGGUUCCAGGCCAUGUUCACGUCCCACCUGUUCAACCUGGACCCGUCGCACCCGAGCUACAAGAGGACCAAAGCCACUCAGAGCCUCCAGGCCGAGAAGCAGCGCCGCAGGCAGGACGAGCUCGGAGCUCAGGAGGCCACGGUCUCACGAUUAGAGUCCGCCACGAGAGAGGGCGUUAACGACUGUGACGCUGCGACGGCGAAGAAGCCAAUGGAUGCUGGUCUGUCACUGCUCGUUAAGUCCAUCAAGAGCAAGACGCUGCAGUUUCAGGCUCGAAGGAAACAGAAGAACUAAGACGCUGGAUCCUCUUGAGUCUCUGGUUCCGCUGGUUCUGCUGGAUCCUCUGGAGUCUCUGGUUCCCCUGGUUCCUCUGGUUCCCCUGGUCCCUCUGGUUCUGCUGGAUCCUCUGGAGUCUCUGGUUCCCCUGGUUCCUCAGGUUCCUCACUGCAGCACGACGACAGGAACAACCAAUCAGGACUGAAUGUUGCUGCUUCAUUUGUUGUUCUAUGUUUUAACAGAAAUCUUCUCUGUCGUCAUGGAGACAGAACUGUUGUAAUAAAAUGUUUAUAACACUU